UCUCUCGCCGGCAAUCCCCACCUCCCACUGGCACCUGCACCGCGGCCUUCUCGAGCGGAGUCCUUUCCCCGAUCUCCAUGGCGCGAGCCAGUGAUUGGAUUGCCGCCGCCUCCUCCUUCAUCUUCCUCCUCUUCCUCUUCGCGGACGCCGCUAGAACGCCGGAACCCUCCCUCCGUGCCCUCGCCACGCAUGGCGGCAAGCCGAACUUGGUGCUGCCGCUUGUUUGCUCCCGCUCGAACUCCACCCGCCGAUCCGUCUUGGCGAGACGCUUGCUAGGCGAGCAGGUCACUGCCAGAGCAAGCAUGAGGCUCUACGAUGAUUACGUCACCAAUGGGUAUUACACUGCAAAGCUCUUUAUCGGAACACCGCCUCAAGAGUUUGCCUUGAUCGUGGAUUCUGGGAGCACGGUCACUUACGUUCCUUGCUCCACGUGCGAGCAAUGUGGGAAUCAUCAUCAGAAUUUGAGAUUUGAACCUGAUUUGUCAAGCACAUAUGAGCCUGUGAAAUGCAAUGAUGAUUGUACCUGUGACAAGGAGCAAAAGCAGUGUGUUUAUGAGAGCCAAUAUACUGAAAUGAGCUCUAGCAGUGGUGUGCUUGGUGAGGACCUUAUAUCAUUUGGAAAAGAAAGUGAACUUAAACCUCAGCGUGCUGUUUUUGGCUGUGCAAAUUCUGAAACUGGUAAUUUGUUCAAUCAACAUGCUGAUGGAAUAAUUGGGCUGGGCCGUGGAGAGCUCAGCAUAAUGGACCAACUUGCUGACAAGGGUGUUGUUACUGAUUCAUUUUCUUUAUGCUAUGGUGGGAUGGAUGUUGAUGGAGGUGCAAUGGUCCUUGGUGAGAUAACUCCACCUCCUGACAUGGUUUUUUCCCGAUCAGAUCCUAUUCGCAGCCCAUACUACAAUAUUGAGCUGGAGGAAAUACAUGUGGAUGGUAAACUACUGCAUCUUGAUCCAAGACUAUUCAAUAGCAAGGAUGGCACAAUCUUGGAUAGUGGAACCACAUAUGCAUAUCUACCAGAAGAAGCAUUUAUGGCAUUUAGAGAUGCUAUCUUGAGCAACUUACAUUCUCUAAAGCGAAUACUUGGACCCGAUCCAAAUUACAGUGACAUCUGCUUUUCUGGUGCUGGAAGUGAUGUCUCUGAACUCUCAAAGACCUUCCCAGUGGUUGAUAUGGUAUUUGGUAAUGGAGAAAAGCUGUCGCUUUCACCAGAAAACUACUUGUUUCGGCAUUCGAAGGUUAGUGGUGCUUACUGCUUGGGAGUCUUUCAGAAUGAAAAAGAUCUGACGGCAAUUUUGGGGGGUAUUAUUUUUCGCAACACUCUGGUAACUUAUGACCGUCAGAAUGAAAGAAUUGGUUUUUGGAAGACUAACUGUUCUGUAUUAUGGGAGAGAUUGCAUAGUGAUGGAGGCCCUACACCUGGAGUUUUAGAUUUUACAAAUUCAAGAGUGAAUGACUCACCAACUCCUGUUCUACCAGAUCUGUUUGAAAGUGGGGUCAUUACCUUCGACAUGAUUUUGAACAUUGCAUAUGCUGAACUAUUGCCCCAUGCAAAGGAAUUAGAGGAGCUUAUCGCACAUGAGUUACAAGUUGAUAUAAAUCAGGUUAAUUUAAUAAAUAUUGCAAGCAAGGGAAAGAGUACCAUGCUGAGAUUGGCGAUUUUUCCAGCUGCAUCUUCUGGUUUCUUUUCUGAUACAACAGUGAUGGAUAUAGUAUCUUUUUUAUCUGAACAUCGUGUUCAGCUUCCUGAAAAUUUUGGAAGUUAUCAGGUGGUUCGAUGGAAUUUUGAGCGUCCAUCAAGAAGUACAUGGUGGGAAUGGCGGACAAUGUUGUUACUGGUGGGAAUAUUACUCGCGGCUUUCCUCCGGUUUACAGCCCUCUCGAUGUGGCCCGACGCAUCCAGGCCUUUGGAUGCACCUCUUCCUGAAGAAGACUUUUGCCCCUUAGCUCGAUUCAUUUAAAUCCUGUUCUCACUGCCAUCACUGUCGUCAGAAAAGCUCAGCUCUUGCAUUGAAGCAUGUCGAUGGCUGAUGUAGUGAUACAAGCUUACAGAGGGAACAUCCUAGAAUGAUUUUGACUUUGGAAGUUUUGGCCAUGUAACAAUAUGUUUAAUUUUAGAAAAUAAUAGAAGCUGGAAAUAGAUCAGACCUGUAUUUUUCAUUUUC